AUGAGUUUUGAAGUACUGAAUUAUUGGCAUCCCAAUUUAACGAUCAGUCUUGUCGAUGAUCAAACAGCAUGGCAGAGAGGUUCGUUACCAUCUCCCCUUGAUGAAGCUGUAAAGUUUGACCCGAUUGAUAACACUUACAAGCCCAUAUUCUUUUUCAAUGACUAUUGGAACUUGGCAGCCGACUACAUGUUAAUAAAUAGCUCAGUUCAAGAACUAAAGCUCUCAGUCCGGUAUGCCCCAAUAUCAUUAUUUAAAUGGCAGCUAUACGCAUCGCAGCAGAUGCGUGGGAAAUGGUCGCAGAUGUUCGGUGGUGAACUAUUUGAGGAUGGGGAUGAUGAUCAGGACUCAAUCAAGCAAGCACUUCUCGAAACAAGUCCAUUAUUACUUGGACUGACAAUUACUGUUUCAAUACUACACACCGUUUUCGAGUUUUUGGCUUUCAAAAAUGACAUUCAAUUUUGGAGAUCACGAAAGAGCUUGGAGGGCUUAUCUGUUCGUUCAGUUUUAUUCAGCGUGUUCCAAUCUGUCAUCGUUUUCCUAUACAUCUGCGAUAACGAUACUUCUUGGAUUAUCAAAAUGUCUGUUGGAGUUGGUUUAGUGAUUGAGUUAUGGAAAAUACCGAAAUGUGUCAAUAUAAGUGUUGAUCGGACUCAAAAACUAUUUGGUUUCUUGCCAACGAUCGUAUUUACCGAUAAGGGAUCAUAUGUUGAAUCGGACACGAAACAAUAUGAUCAGUUAGCCUUCAAAUAUCUGUCAUGGGUGCUAUUUCCACUACUUGGUGGCUAUGCAGUGUACUCUCUUAUGUAUGUCGAACAACGUGGUUGGUAUAGUUGGAUACUGAGCAUGCUUUACAGCUUUUUACUUACAUUUGGAUUUAUUAUGAUGACACCACAGCUUUUUAUAAAUUAUAAGCUAAAAUCUGUGGCUCAUUUACCUUGGCGUAUGCUAACAUACAAAUUCAUCAAUACGUUCAUCGAUGAUCUCUUUGCAUUUGUCAUCAGAAUGCCAACAAUGUAUCGCUUAGGAUGUUUUCGAGAUGAUAUUGUGUUUUUGAUAUAUAUUUACCAAAGGUGGAUAUAUCGCGUUGAUCCAACACGUGUUAAUGAAUAUGGUGUUUCGUUGGAAGAUCCAACUGGUGAAAAAGAAUCACAAAAACAGUUGACGGAUGCUAAACUGUCUAAUGAUAAUGACCUACAGAGCUCAACUGAAACAGUUCAGAAUAAUAUAGAAACGAAGAAAGAGCGAUAAGCUUUAGUUAUCAAGAUCUCUCAUUUCUGGUUUCUAAGUUGUUUGAACUGAAAGUAGUAGAUUACCAAUCUAAUUUAUAAAUUUUGAAAUCCUAUGUCAUUCUCAUUCAAUGGGUCGGGGCUAUUAUGGAAAAAAUUGCAUCUUCGUUUUUCCGGCGAUAAAAUUCAGCGAG